GAUCAGAACAGAUUAGUGCCACGAAGCCGGUGGUCUCGUCGCGGGGUCGGUCCGACUCAAACGUAUGAACGCUUCUCCGGUGUGGCCACUGCGGGGCACCUGAAACGGCCUCUGUGGCUCUGUGGCCGACUCGUGCUAUUUAACUUCGGGUGUCCGCGUCGCUUUGACCUCAGCGUAUGCUACUCCUGCCCCUUUCAAUAAUUAGGAUCCUCCUCACGGUCUAGCAUGAGCACAAUGUCGGUCGAGCAGGCGCGGGUCCCCAUGAUUGUGGUGACCCCAGCUUUGCCCUCCCGUCAUUCGUUGCCUGUGGAAAUGCAAGAGGCUCUGAACUCAACUCAGCCUCUGCAUGACCGUGAGGACCGCACCAAGCAAGAUAAUGGAACGGAAGAAGGUUCUAAGGAUGUCGCGGGCGACAAGGAGGGUCCAGGGAGCCGGAAGGAAGACGCCAGGGAAGACCACCACACUCAUUUACGCCCACGGUUGCGAAAAUCCGCGAAGCACGCUCGUUUGUCUCUGGGAUUCAAGAACGGGGAGGUUUCCAGUAUGGAUGAUGUGAUCACUGAGUUGCAGCUGGUCGGCCGCGAGGACGAGGCAGGGUGGAUUGUGCUUGACCGGUUGACUAACGGAGCCGCAAGGGGGACCCGCUGCAGCAACGAAUCCACGACGGCCACGCUCGUCGCGGAGCCCACCUCGGAGGAUAGGUUGUACGCGAUGGAUGCCGCUGCGCGGGAGAACAUGCGAGAGGGACACGGCGCAGACGUGGGAUACGGAAGAGGCUACGACCCCAGCCGGAGACACGCGUGGUACGUCAGUACGCCAGGAUGGCCAAAGUUCAAGGACCCGAAACCGUCCCUCCUUGGGCGCGCUGUGAAGGCGACCCGCACCCUCUCGCUCGGACACAAGGCUUGA